UUUCUGAGCAUAAAGAGGCACCAAACCUGUGUGCAUAUCUUUAGGCACAUUAGUUAGUAUCGGUCUUUACUUUUUCCAACAGAGUGGAGCAUCUUAGUGAUUGUUUGUUCACCCUUUCCAAGCUGUCAUGAAAUGAAAGUCAGCGUCAUCUCGAGCGAAGCUUCACGAGACAGUUGUGGUGUCCAUGGUCAUUGAAAGGGCUGCUUUCCUGGAGGAAACGGUGGCAGGAAACUCGCUAAGAUGCUCAGAUCUGGCGGCAUUCUGAAGUUAGCCGCGUUGUUGUCGGUUUUUCUGCUAGUUGUGUUUCUGGCUUUUCAACUACUGGAUAUCAACACGGAUUUCAACUUUGGCUCUAUGAUCUCGAGGUCCUUACCGGGGGAUGAACUUUCGACAAAGCCGCUCAGGCAUAAAUGUGGGCUGUCGAAGGCUUGUCCACCUGAUCACUUUGCCUUCAAGAUGGCGAGUGGUGCAGCCAGUGUGGUCGGGCCGAAAAUCUGCCUGGAAGACAAACUAUUAAUGAGCAGCUUGAAGAAUAACGUGGGGAGAGGGAUAAACAUCGCUCUGGUCAACGGGAAAACCGGAGAAGGUCUGAAGACGGCCUACUUUGACAUGUGGGCAGGAGAUGUGGCUCCAUUCAUUAAGUUCUUAAAGGAAAUAGAAGAUGGAACAGUCGUGAUGAUGGCCUCAUUUGACGACCCUGCAACCAAGCUCAAUGACGAAGCCCGGAAGCUGAUCGCUGAUCUGGGAAGCUCUGCUGUGAAUAAUUUGGCCUUCCGGGAUAACUGGAUUUUUGUCGGAGGAAAAGGCAUCAAAACCAAGAGUCCAUUUGAGCAGCACAUAAAGAACAGCGCAAACACAAACAAAUAUGAAGGCUGGCCUGAGGUCUUGGAGAUGGAAGGCUGCGUACCACAGAGGCAGGACUGAUAUCGGCUUUUGUUUUUCGCUAUAACUCCUGGUAUCUCUUUCUGUGCAAGAUGUCUCAAUAAUCCCACUUUUCCACUUUGAUAAAGACCUUUCACCUCAAAGCAGACUGAGAGGAAAGAAAAAGCCGCAGAGAUGCAUCAAUGAGCAGAAAAAUCAAACCUUUCCGUUUCGGUUGAGCUUCAUCACAUAUAUCACAUAUUUGACUUUUUAUUGGUGUUUGUGAGAUGAGUGCACUGAAAAAAAGUAAUUUAUCUAUAAUUAUUGCCUUUCGAUCUCCCUUUCUGUUAUUACACCGCAGAGAUUUAAAGAUUAUUACUGUUCCGUAUGAAAAUAAAUCAUCCUUUCAAAAUGGAGGUUCUUAUUUCAAACGUCCUCUGUGUACCCUGCCUUAAUGAUCCUUUUUUUGUACCUUUUUAAUCACUGAAUCUUUGAUUCCUUUCAUGCCAGAGUUGUUCCAGAAAGUGAAACCAGAAAGGUUUAUUAUUUUCACCAUAUUUUAAGGAAGUAUACCACCUUCACUGUGAAAUUUGUACAGAUCCUUUUAGUCAGAUGGGUAGAUUUGAGAGAUUUUAAUUUUAUGGAUGUAAUAAUAUAAUUUCUUAAAUAAAUGAUACCAUAAUUGUCUGUGCCUACUCCUUUCUGUUUGCCAAAAUCCAGUGCUGGCAUUGGCCUGAGUGUGGACAGGACUCCUUCGUGGGUGUGCCUCUACAGGUUAACUUGGCUCUUAUAAAGGCAACAACAGGUAAAAUGGGCCAGUGACUAUGGCAGAAUUGUGAUCCACUCACCUUUUGUUGUAUAAAAGAGAAGGUAAACUUGAAAAGACAUGUGAAACAUAAAAAUACCUCCCUGGCAUAUUAGAAUAGAAAAUGUCACCUCAGCUGGAACAAAAACAAAAGAUGGCUCAUUUCUAAAUCUCCAAUAAUCAGUUUACCCACCAGAUUCAUUUCUGCCACAUACCGUUUGUGAUCUAUUUUUCUACGAAAAUCUCUCGUGGCCUAUUAUGCCAUAAAUGAGUAGAUAUUUUGAUGUUGGUGUGGAAAUUGCAGAUAAUUAAAAUGUAUAAAGAAAUUAACCUUCUUUAAACUUUAGUCCAGUGGAGUUCUUUAAGCCUUUGUUUGCUUUGAAAUGCU